UUACUUUAAAGGAUUUUGGAGACAUCUAUUUAACCCGAAUCUCACGAAACAAAAACCAUUUUAUACGCCGUCAAGUGAAGUAUUAGUGGACACAAUGGCAAAUGAUGGUUAUUAUAAUUACAAAUAUGUAGAAAAAUUAGAUGCAGAUGCUUUAGAAAUACCCUAUAUGAACUCGAAGAUAUCCAUGCUUAUUCUACUGCCUAGAACUACGAAUGGCUUCGUGGGAAUACAAAAUAAUUUGCAUAUGGUAGCCCUCAAAGACAUAUCAGCAACAGAAAGCCGAGCAUUCCACGUUGAAUUUCCGAAAUUUAAUUUGGACUUCCAAAGGAGUUUCACUGAUAUUUUUAAAAGUGUAGGCAUCGUCGAAAUAUUCCAGAAUAGUGCUAAUAUCUCCUCCAUUUCUCAAACUCCGCUAAGGGUGAGCGAAGUCUUUCAGAAGGUCACAAUUGAGGUUCGUGAAAAUGGCACUGAAGCUUCAGCUGCUCAAGAGUCGUCCGUCACCUUUGUGCCAGCAGUUGACAUUGAGGAACACCAUCGGGUGCCAUGCCUCAGCUCGCCCACCUCUUGA